AUGGCCCAGCCAUCACCAGUAAAACCGGUGCUGAAGAAGCCACCGGGAUACAGAGACCCAAACCAGCCGCCUAGACCGAUUCCCGGCCAGAAUCCCCGAAAACCGGUCCCUCUCCCACCCUCAUUUCAGCCGCAACCGAAGCCCCGGCGUAGCAGCUGCUUCCGUGUCUUUCUUUGGGUGUCUUGCAUUUUAAUCCUUGUGAUCAUUGUCGUCGUUGCGCUGGCUGCCGGAAUAUUCUUCCUCGUAUUCGAUCCGAGACUGCCUCUGGUAUAUUUGCGGUCGUUUCAGAUACCUCUCUUCAACACCACUGUGAAACCCGGAGGGACUUUCCUCGACGCGUGGACAGCUCCCGGGAUGGACGUGAAGAACCGUAACAGUAAGUUAGACAUAUUCUACUCAAGGGUGCAUGCCUACGUAAGUGUCGGGGACCCGAACGACGUCGGGUUGGUGUUGGGGAUGAAAGAGCUGGGAGGGUUUACGCAGAAGUCAGGGAACACGACCAGUCUUAAGUUUGAUUACGUGGUAAAGAACCGGCAGCUGAACGACGCGGUGGCCAAGAAGCUGUUGAGUCAGUAUGUGGCGAAAACGAUGAGAGUUGGGGUGGAGAUGAAGACGAGGUUGGGUUAUGUGGUGAAGGGGUGGAGGAUAGGGACGAUCGAUGUUGAUGUGGUGUGUGGGGGUGUCACGAUGAAGGAGAUUCAUGUCGGUAGUACCAUGCCCAAGUGUAAAAUCAACGCCUACAAAUGGUAA